UUUGUUAUAAUAAUUUUAAUGAAGUUACUCAAGAUUCAAGAUUUAAGAUUCAAUAUUCAAUCGUUAAAAUCUAUGGCAAUUAGAAAUCUACAAGUACCAAAAACGGAUGUAAAUAAAUUUUUAAAUAAGCUUACUAAUGCUUAUAUCUCGGAAGAAAGUACAUGCUUUCAAGAGGUAUUAAAUUUUGCAUCGGUAAAGAAUUUACUCGAUGAAAGGAUACAAAUUGUUGAAAAUAUGGAAAACUUAGUAACGCUUAUGGAAGAAGAUGAAGAAUUGAAGAAACUUGGCAAAGAAGAAACUCUUGUUUAUGAAAAUAGACUAAUACAAGUAGACAAUGAAUUGAUCGAUUUGAUCGUUGAUUAUUUAGAUGGUGAUCAAUAUAGCGAUAUUAUUUUAGAGAUUAGUGCAGGAGUAGGUGGGCAAGAGUCGAUGUUAUUUGUUAAAGACCUUUUUGAAAUGUAUUUAAAGCACAUGUCGUAUUUGGGAUAUACUUCAGAGAUAAUACAAUUAGAUGAGAGCUCAAUUGGUGGCAUACGAAAUGUCAGUAUGAUGAUUUCUGGUAAAGAUUGUUAUACAAAAUUAAUACACGAAGCUGGAAUACAUAGAGUGCAGCGCGUACCGACAACCGAAAAAAGUGGUAGGGUACACACGAGCGUUGUUUCGGUAGUUGUUUUGCCACAACCAAAUGAUAUUCAAAUUACUAUAAAUCCGAACGAUUUAAAAAUAGAUACGAUGAGGGCUACCGGUGCCGGUGGUCAACAUGUAAAUACUACAGACUCUGCUGUAAGAAUCACACAUCUACCAUCUGGAGUAACGACUGAAUGUCAAAUUUACAGAUCACAAAUAAAAAAUCGUAAAUUAGCAAUAAUUAAAUUGAGAACAAAGCUUUAUGAUUUACAGUUUAAUAAGGAACAAAAAAGUAUUAUUUCUAUGCGUAAGGAACAAAUGGGAAAACGUGAACGCAAUGAGAAAAUUAGAACAUACAAUUUUACCCAAGAUAGAAUAACCGAUCACAGACUUUCUGAUGGGUCAUUGCAUAAUUUAAAAAAUUUCCUCUUGGGUGGCAAGGCUUUAGAUGAACUUCAUCAGAGGCUAGACGAAUUAUCAAAAUAUAAGUUACUAGUGGAAUUAAUAGCUAAAGUAUAAGUUUUAGUAUACGAUUGUAAGUACUUACCCGCAAAGUGCUAGAAAAGCAAACUAGUUGUAAUUAAUUAAAGAAAAAAUGUACAUACACAAUAGUGUCGAACAUUAUCGAAGU